UAACGUAGGUUCUACCGAAUUAACAAGUUUUCUGAAGCUAUUUGAGAUUAGUUAAUACACUCACUUACCUCGUUUAUGAAAUUAAUAGGUGGUUAAGUAUUUAAUUUUAUUUUUUUUGACAUUAUAAUUGUUUUAGUAAUGUUACCUAUAUAAUACAGUUUAAUGAUUGUUGUAAUGAUUGUUCAAAUAUUUUGUAUGUAUGUCGAGUCAGUUUUUUUAUGUAACAACAUUGUUUCCGGCUCGAAAUGUUUACCGGGGUUUUACGCAUUACGAAUAUAUUUAUAUACGCAAUAUUUGAAGUAUUAAUAAGCUUCAUUGAUAUGAAUGUGGGAACAGCGGAAUGGUGCUGUUUGAUAACUAUUUCCCUUGUUACACCAUUGUUGCCUUAUCUGACUAAUUAGGAACAUAUUAACGCUUAUAAUGACCGUGAUAACCAAAUCACAUUUCCACUCUAGAAUAUGGGUGAAGAAUGUAGAAUAUAAAGCAUCACUUUAUAAUAUUUUAUUCGCGCAAUCUAUCUUUGAAUAAUAGAGACGCGCGUACACAGUGCCUAAGAGCAUUAUCCUUUGCUCUAUAUAAAAGAAGAAAUGUAUUAAUGCGCAUAUUCGGCGACAGCAAGCCUUCAAAGAUGUUUCAUUGUAUUAUUUUGAAUUAUUAAAAAUGAUAUAAGUGCAAUUAAUUCAACAUGGUGCUGUGGAACGCAUUUUUCAAUAUUGUGAUAAUCAUUAUUAUUGUGAGCCCAUCAAUUACUGGGAAUAAUACGGAAGAAUCCUUUGAUGUGGGCGAUCUAAGUAUUCUAUUGGACGAUAACCCAAGCGAGGAUUACAGCGUGAAGAAGACGAAAAAAUUGUUCCCAGGAGGUUGCAGCAGUCAACCAGAUCCACCUAUAAAUGGUAGAAUACGAUGCUCAACGAACAGUGGUUGCAUUGCAGCCUGUAAUCAAAAUUAUAAAUUUCCAAACGGCGUAACACAGCUGGCUGUAACUUGCAAGGACAAACAAUGGCACAUACUUGACACAGAGUGGAAUUCUGUACCUCACUGCGAACCAAUUUGCAUGCCAGAAUGCUUGAAUAGUGGAGUAUGCAUUGCACCCCAUCAGUGCAACUGUCCUGAAGAUUACAUUGGACCACAAUGCCAGUUUGAGAAUAAACCAUGCAUGGAGUAUCCCCCUCCAGUGUUUAAUUCUUACAAAUUAUGUAACUCAAAAUCGUGUACCAUAAACUGCAUGAAAAAUUUCACGUUUCCGGAUGGCACCUCCAUUACUAAUCUUAUCUGCAAAAAUGGGAAUUGGAUACCUACCAGACAAGAUUGGGUUUCUGUGCCUAAUUGCGAACCUGUAUGUAAUCCACCAUGUCAAAACGGAGGCAACUGUCUUCCGUCGAAUCUUUGUCAAUGUCCACAGGCGUACAGAGGACCUCAGUGUCAAUAUUCUGCUGACGCCUGCAAAGGAGAGAAGAUGGGAUUCAAUGGUGGUUUCUACUGUACCAGUGUUGGUGACAGUUCCUCAUGUACUCUGAAUUGCCCUGAAGGAGUAGAAUUCGAGUUUCCUCCUGCGACCGCAUACACGUGUUUCUAUGAAACCGGUGUCUUCGAACCACAGCCAAUACCUCAGUGCAAGUACAGUAAAAACAAGAAUGUGAUUUCUCUAGGUACCACGUAUAACUCUUACGUUCGGGAAACUAACCAUUCGUGGACGUACGAGGACGUCUUCAGCUCCAAUACGAAACCAUCUCCGUUAUAUAAAACCAGUUACGAUAUGAUGGGUCUUUACAACAAUUACAAUAUGACUUCGAACACGUUAGUAUUCAAUCCUUUGAAAGACAACGUGAUAUUCGUCGAGGAGAAUCGCCCGACCCCAAAAACCUGCUUCACUUGGGGCGGUAUACAUUACAAGACCUUCGACGACGAUGUCUUCAAUUUCGAUAGCGACUGUUCUUAUAUUCUGGUUCAAGAAGCACAGAACAGAAUCUUCACCGUAAUAGUGGAGAAUAGCCCAACUUGCAAGACCCAAGAUUGUUUCAGAAUCAUAAAGAUUUUUAUCCAAGAGAAGGAGUACAUUCUGUCGAGGAACGAAUACGGAGUCCCAGAGUUUCGAACUUCGAAGAAAUUGCUAUCUAUUCCGGCGCAACUUCCGGGUUUAAGGGUGGAGAUGUCCGCACAUUUUAUUAUCGUGACUUUGGAUUCUCUGGGCGUCCAGUUAAAGUGGGACGGUGCCCUCAUGCUGCAGAUCGAAGCUCUUGAAAAUAUGUGGAACAAAACAACUGGUCUCUGUGGUAAUAUGAACGGCGAAAAGGGCGACGAUCAAACGAGUAAAAAUGGGGAUCGUGCGAGAAACAUUGCGGCCUUUGCAUCUUCCUGGCGGACGGAAAACAUUGGAGAAAUGUGCGACGGAUAUCCAAAUGUUCAGCACUCUUGCGACUCCAGUCCAAUCGUUGCUGGAGACGCCAUCCAGUUUUGUACCAGGCUGCUUUCCGAUCAUAGAUUCCAGGCUUGUGCCAAUACAAUUAGCGUCUCCGAAAUGCAGACCGCGUGUAUGUGGGAUUAUUGUGCUUGUACGGACGAUGACAAGAGGAAAUGUGCUUGCGAAACGAUGAACGUUUACGUUAGACAAUGUGCUCAUAAGAAAGUCGUGUCCUUGUCCGGCUGGAGAAACAACGAUACUUGCCCCAUGCUUUGCAACAACGGACGAGUGUACAUGCCUUGCGGUCCAGAAGCAGAACCAUCCUGUUGGACAGGAAUAGAAGGAAAACUGAACGCCGAUCGUUGCGAAGAGGGUUGUUUCUGUCCAACAGGAACUGUGGCUCACGAAGGAAGAUGCAUAUAUCCCGACGAGUGUCCUUGUAGAUUGCGUGGAAAGCUGUUUCAACCUGGAAAAAGUGUGCAGAAAAACUGUAACACUUGCACAUGCUCUUCUGGGAAGUGGAUAUGCACGCAAGCUAAAUGCAGUGCUAGAUGCGCCGUCAUUGGAGACCCACAUUACAUCACUUUCGAUGGAAGACGUUACGAUUUCAUGGGGAAAUGUAAAUACUAUCUGAUGAAGGGAGACUAUUACAGUAUCGAGGGUGAAAAUGUUCCUUGUUCCGGUGCGAUAUCAGAGAACAUGGGACUUGUUCCAGCCGAUGCACCAUCUUGUACGAAAACUAUAACCAUCAAUUACAAGGGAACUUCCGUGAAACUAAAGCAAAAUCAUCAGGUGCUAAUCGACGGAAACGAUUUAACAAUGUUCCCUUCAUUGGUCAAUGAUAUCAGGAUACGUAUUGCCAGCAGUAUAUUUUUGGCUGUCCAUUUGCCAAGCGGUUUGGAAAUAUGGUGGGAUGGGAUCUCUCGCGUUUACAUCACAGCUCCUCCCGAAUUUCAUGGUCACACUAGAGGACUGUGCGGUACAUUCUCAGAGAAUCAGAAAGACGAUUUCAUUACGCCAGAAGGUGACAUCGAAAACACGGCUGUCUGUUUUGCUAAUAAGUGGAAGUCGGACGAGCACUGUGCCAACGUUCCAGAAAAGGAAUUGGAUCAUCCUUGCGACUUGGAUCCACAGAAACGAGCGACUGCCAAACAAUACUGUUCCUAUUUGUUCAGCGAAUUAUUUUCCGGCUGCCACUGGCACGUGGAUCCAGAUGUGUUUUAUAAAGAUUGCAUGUUCGACAUGUGCUCCUGCAAGGUUGAUGUUGGAUUAUGUCUCUGUCCUAUAUUGGCUGCUUAUGCGAAGGACUGCGCCGCUGCGGGAAUAAAACUCUUAUGGCGACAAGAUGUAAACGAGUGUAAGAUACAUUGUCCUGAAAAUCAAGUCUAUCAGAUUUGUGGAAAUAGUUGCACAAGAUCCUGUGGUGAUAUAUCCGCUUACCAGGACUGCAAACAAGAAUGCGUAGAGGGAUGCAACUGCCCGGAGGGUGAAACGUUGGACGUUCAUGGGGAGUGUGUUCUAAUUGGGCAGUGCCCUUGUACAUACGCAGGACUGGAGUUUCAGACUGGGCACCGGGAAGUCAGGCCUGGAAACAAAGCUCUUGAGCUUUGUACCUGUGCAGGUGGCGUUUGGAACUGUCGGGAAGCAACGUCAGACGAGAUUCGAGAGUAUCCAGCAGCCAAGGAUCUAUUAACAUCCUGCAUAGCCAGCCAACAUUUGGAGGUGACAGAUUGCGCACCAGCAGAGCCUCGAACUUGCCACAAUAUGCACAAGUCGGUUCGACAGCCAUCCGUUUGCAAAUCUGGCUGUGUCUGCAGGUCUGGCUACGUUUUGGAUGAACUGGGUGGUAAAUGUAUCGAAGAGGAAUCUUGCCCGUGUCAUCACGGAGGUCAGAGUUACAAGGAAAGCUCUGUCAUACAGAACGAGUGUAACACUUGCGAAUGCACGAACGGCACAUGGAAGUGUACGGAUACAAUAUGCGCGGGAGUUUGUUCCGCUUGGGGUGAUUCGCAUUACAAGACAUUUGACGGAAAGAUCUACGAUUUUCAAGGAAUGUGCGACUACGUUCUGGCUAAAGGUUCACUAGGAAAGGAAGAAUCUUACGACGUAUCGAUUCAGAAUGUACCAUGUGGAACAACCGGUGUAUCUUGCUCUAAAUCAAUUACCGUUACAAUUGGAGGCAAUGAUAAUUCUGAAACAGUUGCUCUAACGAGAGGAAAAGAGCUACCUUCGGGAGUCUUUAAGAGAAUUGCAAUGAGAACAGCUGGAUUGUUUGUAUUUGUUGACGUGCCAGACCUGGGGCUGACUGUUCAAUGGGACAGAGGUACCAGAGUCUACAUAAGAUUGGAUCCUAGGUGGAAGGGCCGUACAAAGGGUCUUUGCGGUGACUAUAACGACAAUAGCGAGGACGAUUUUAAAACACCUUCUGGCGGGAUAUCGGAGGCGUCUGCCAACUUGUUUGGAGACUCUUGGAAAAAGAACGAGUUUUGUCCCGAACCUAAAUCGGUUAAGGAUCCAUGCGAGCAACACCCGGAAAGAAAAUUGUGGGCUGUGCAGAAAUGUGGCAUAUUGAAAUCCUCCGUUUUCUACCCAUGCCACUCUGAAGUCGAAGUUGAAAGUUAUUUAUAUAAUUGCAUUUUUGACACUUGCGGCUGUGACACGGGAGGCGAUUGUGAGUGUCUUUGCACAGCUUUGGCAGCGUACGCACAAGAGUGUAAUGCAAAAGGUGUUCCCAUAACGUGGCGAACCCAGGAGCUUUGUCCCAUGCAGUGUAACGAAAAAUGUAGCACGUAUUCUCCUUGCGUUUCAACAUGUCCCCGUGAAACUUGCGAUAAUCUAAUGAUUUUGAAAGACCAAUCUCACCUAUGCUCUCAAGACACUUGCGUCGAGGGGUGUUCCGUUAAAACCUGCUCCAACGGAGAAGUUUACAGUAAUGACAGCUAUACAGAAUGCGUUCCCAGAGAAGUGUGCAAGAUACCCUGUAUUGAAAUCAAUGGGGUAACUUAUUAUGAAGGCGACAGUGUUAGCAAUGACGAUUGUCAGGCGUGUUUCUGUAGCCGUGGUAAAGUAUUAUGCAAAGGAGAACCUUGUACUACUGUUUUAAGUACUGUUCCAUUGGAAGAACCGCAAAAGUGUGUCGAUGGUUGGUCUGUCUGGUUAAACCAGGAUCCAGCGAUCAAGGGAAGGAAGAUUAAAGACCGUGAACCUCUACCCAGCCACUUAGAUUUGGCAAACAUACAAGGAUCCGCAGUGUGCGACAGAAGCCACAUGGUUGACAUAAGAUGUAGAUCCGUGAAACAUCAUUUAACGCCAAAAGAAACUGGUUUGGAUGUGGAGUGUAGUUUGGAGCGUGGUCUUUAUUGUCAGUCUCAGCCUAAACUUCCUUGCAUUGAUUUCGAAAUCAGUGUUCUGUGUCAAUGUUCAGCAACUACCACGGAAAAAAUUAACACAGUACCACCGAGUACCGUGAAACCAACGUAUGAAGAGUGCAGCGUGGAACAACCCAAUAAACCUCAUCCUACAGACUGCCACUUAUUUUAUCAAUGCGUACCCGGGGUUAACGAAAAUCAAUUCGUGGAAAAAUCGUGCGGACAAACUCUGUUAUACAACUCGCAGGCACAAGUUUGCGACUGGCCAGCCAAUGUUUUGUUCUUGAGACCGGAAUGUUUGCAAACGCAGACAACACCGACUAAGACCGAAUGGACAACUGAUAAUAAAACAAAACAUAACACUACGAUAUCAACAAUUUUAGAGAAAAAUAUCAUAACUACAAAAGCUUGCAAGGAGGGUGAAACAUGGAGUGACUGUGCCAUUGAUUGCAACAGAGUUUGUGAUUACUAUCGGUACACCUUGUCAAAGAAAGGAUAUUGCAACAAUGCAUUUACAUGCGUACCAGGUUGCAUUCCACUGGAGAGAUCAGAUUGCCCACCACACAAAUUCUGGAGAGAUGCUGUGACAUGCGUUGACGAGAGUGAUUGUUCUUGUAAAUCCUACGAAGGGGAACUCGUUAUUCCCAGUGCAGUUGUGAAAGAAUCAGAGUGCGAGAUCUGUCAGUGCAUCAAUAAUUAUUACACUUGCGAUGGAUCAUCAUGCACCAGUGAAAUUAAUCAGACAUCAACUAAGAAGUCAGCUACAUAUUUGCCCACUGAAACAACUACUUCCUCAACGACACCAAGUCUGAAGGAACACACAAUCGUCGUACCUAGCACUAUUAGUCCGCCAGCUCAUUGUGUUAGUAGUAAUUUCAUUCCUCUCAUUCAAUAUCUAAACGAUCAAGUCACUUUUGAUGCGAGUAGUAUCAAAGGUCCAAUGUACCGACCAGAAAAUUCAGUCUUAAAUGCCAAUAUUCCUGAAAACUCUGUUGGAUACUGGGAACCUGAGUACAGUAACGUCGAUCAAUGGCUCGAUAUAAAGUUCCAAAGACCUGAACCAAUUUAUGGCACCGUUCUACAAGGUAGCGGCCUGGAAGAGAAGUUUGUAACUAGCUAUAGAGUACUGUUUUCUGAGAACGGCGAUGCUUUCUCCUACGUAUUGGAUGAUAAGAAGCAACCACAAGUAUUUAGAGGACCCGUAGAUAACUUAAAGCCUGUGAUGCAAACGUUCUUUGAGCCGAUCGAAGCAAAGGUUGUCCGGAUAAACCCAUUAUCCUGGCACAACGGAAUAGCGAUAAAAGCAGAGUUACUUGGCUGCCACGAAUUUACAGUUCCUAGCAUUCCGGUAACACAGAGUGUUCCAACAAUAACAGCGUCAACCGAGAAAGUCCUAAAUCCAGUAUGCGACGAACCGAUGGGUCUGGACAAUGGUCUAAUCUUUGCCGAACAGCUGUCGACGUCGUCCUCUUCCACAGAUUUGUUGCCAAAUCUCAAACUAACGUCUCCAUACGCUUGGCAUCCUAAGCUAGAUAAUCCACACCAAUUUGUUAAGAUUGAUUUCUUGGAACCUCGUAAUUUAACAGGAAUUGCAACAAAGGGCGGCGAAGGUACCUGGACAACUGUUUACAAAGUCUUUUACAGUAACGACGAUCGUCACUGGAACCCGGUGAUCGAUAAUAAUGGCGUGGAAAAAGAGUACUUGGCUAAUUUUGAUUCUGAGACUAUAAUAAGGAACUACUUCGACAGGCCGUUGCAUGCAAGAUAUUUGAAGUUACAGCCAAUGAAAUGGCAUGAACAUAUAGGUCUCAAAAUAGAAGUGCUCGGUUGCUUCGUGCCAUACCCGUCUAUUACAACCAUUGUGAAAGUAGAAACUACAUCGACAACAACGCAACCGUUUAUCAAUAAAUGCAAUGUUUGUGACGGAGUAUCAAAUGAAAAUGAAAUUAGUUGCCAGUGUAAUGAACCUUAUUGGUGGAAUGGGAAUACUUGCGUUAUUCAGCAAGAAUGUCCCUGUGUAGUUGGGCAUAUUCUGUACAACGUGGGCACGACAUACAUGAGCGAAGACUGUCAGGAAUGCAUGUGUACUUUGGGUGGAACAUCUUUCUGUCAGCCAAAGAAAUGUGAUUCUUGUCAGGAGCCAGAAAUGCGACCGGUAGUGAAUGAACUAUGCAACUGCGUAUGCAAGCCUUGUCCUAUUGCAAUGCGUCUGUGUCCAACCAGUAACGUUUGUAUCGACGAGAAUCUGUGGUGCAAUGGCAUCCAAGACUGUCCGGACGACGAAAAGGAUUGUUCUAAAGUAAUUGCAACAACACCUCCCACUUUGGAAUUAAGCACUACUGAACGGCACGACAAAGUAACCGAAAUACAAACUACAGUUCCACCACAAGUGUGUCAGGAACCAAUCUGUCCACCUGGCUAUAGAACAAGUUCAAAAUCACGGUAUUAUAAAAAAUCUCAUUCAAAGGCAGGAGUGAAAUCUUUGUCCAGACAUUCCUGGAAAGCUAAAGGAUUGAGGAAAUCCAUGCAGUACUCGAAGCUUGUUGAAAGUCAAUCGCCACAAAAUGAGACAGAGUGUGAACAGUUCACCUGCGUACCCAAUAAACCACCGCCAAUUAUUGAUAAAGGCAAACUGCAAGCCUGCCCGGAAGCAUCUUGUCCCCUAGGUUACACUGUCGUUUACGAAAAAAUGAGCAUGUAUAAACUUCAAAAGUGUCCAAAGUAUACUUGCAAACCCCCACCACCCGAAGAAGCUGUUUGCAACGUAACUGGAAGAACAUUUAACACGUUUGACAAGCUAGAGUAUAAGUAUGAUAUUUGUAACCACAUAUUAGCCAGGGAUAUGUUUACCAACAAGUGGUACAUUACACUGGAGAAGCAGUGUGACUCACAUAAUCAGUGCAUUCAAGUUCUGGCAGUGAUGUUGGAUGACGAUGUGAUCGUCAUGUACCCUGACAUGCACGUGGAAGUGAAUUACUACAGAUAUGCGCCAAAUCAAGUGGCUCGACUCGGCAACAAAUUUCCUUCGUUUAAGAUAUCCUCCAUUGGCGAUAUAACGUACUUGAUAUCGUAUGACUAUGGGUUCUGGGUGAUUUGGGACUUGAAUUCCAACGUGAAGUUGGGGGUCUCCACGAAAUUGGCUCGUCAAAUAGACGGUCUUUGCGGCUAUUUCGAUGGAUAUUCGAUGAACGACAGACAGUUGCCCGAUGGAAAUCAGGCACGAACCACUGUAGAAUUUGGAAACAGCUGGGCAAUGGAGGGAGUGCCGGAAUGCGAUUCACAGGCUUGUCCCUACGAUCUACAAACGGAGAGCUGGAAGAUUUGUAACAUGGCGAAGGAUUCAUCAUUGGCAAUGUGCUCCAAUAUCGUGGACUUGGAUAGAUUCGUGUCCGGUUGUAUGGAGAGCACAUGCAAUUGUCUACGUAGUAAUCACACUUACAAUGAUUGUCGUUGUCGCUCGUUAACCAGCUUCGUUACGGAAUGUCAGGCUGGUGACUUGACCACAGAUCUGUCAACUUGGAGGAGCAUUCACGAUUGUCCCGUUACUUGUACUCCACCGUUUGUUCACAAAGAUUGCUUCAGAAACAAAUGCGAAACUAGCUGCGACAACUUGCAACAGAUAGAUCCCUGUCCAGUGAUGCAAGGGGUAUGUUUCUCUGGCUGUUUCUGUCCCGAAGGAACAGUACGCAAUGGCGACGAGUGCGUACCACCGAUGAAGUGCAAAGAUUGCACUUGCGAAUGGUUGAGCAAUUCAAAAGUCAUCAGUUUUGAUAGAAAAAAUAUUAAAUUUGACGGCAAUUGCACAUACGUUCUAUCGAAAGACGUUAUUGGAAACACAAACAGCCCUGAAGAUCAUACGUAUCAGGUGAUGGUCUCAAACGGAAUGUGUAACACGGAUUUGUGCGUAGAAACAGUCACAGUGCUCUAUAAAAGACACGUCGUUGAAAUUAAAAACGGGCCUACUCAGGAGUUCCAAGUGAUAAAGGAUGGUUUCAUGGUAGAAGAGUUUCCUGUCAAUACAACCUGGUUGGUUCUCGAACAAAACGUGGAAAAGCUACGUUUAUUGAUACCUUCCAUUCAAUUGGAAAUUACCAGCUAUCAACCGAACUUCGCAUUUACCCUCACCCUCCCUUCGCAUAUCUUUGGAGGAACAAUGGAAGGUCUUUGCGGCAAUUGUAACGAAGAUUCUGAGGAUGACUUGAAGAAACAGGAUGGGCAGAUUACGAAUGACAUGCAAGACUUUGGUACAAGCUGGUUAGUCACCGAAUCGCCACAGGGUACCAACUUAAACACGGACGCGUGUACGUCCAAUAAUCAAAGCAAAUGCAUCCUACCACCAGCCGAUCAAGACAUAUGCAGAAAUCUAUUGAAUACGAUCGAUUUUGGGCAAUGUCACGGUCUCGUUGAUCCAAUGCCAUACUUGAUUGCUUGCCAGGACAGUAUGUGCACCGGAGGUGGCUUCUGCGAUAGCUUCGAAGCGUACGUAAGAAAAUGUCAGCAGGUGGGAGUGUGUCUGAUUUGGAGAAGCAGCGAAAUGUGUCCUUACACUUGUCCACCUUUUAUGGAAUACCAGCCAUGCGGUUCUGCUUGCAAGGAAACUUGCGACACCCUUAACGAAAUCGACAAUGCCAAGUGCUCGAGGAACUUCGAAGAAGGUUGUUUCUGUCCACGCGACUUUGUUUUCCACAAUGACUCUUGCAUACCGAGAGGAAAGUGUCUCAUGUGCGAUAAGGAGGGCCACGUCGAAGGUGACACGUGGUUCCCAGACGUUUGCACUAAGUGCACUUGCGAUAACAAAAUCAUCAAUUGUCAGAAAACCGAAUGCCCGGCUGUGAACACCGUCUGCGAAGAAAACAUGACGCCAAUUGUCGUCAACGGAACGGAAGAAGACUGCUGUACAAAGUAUAUUUGCGUGCCAAACGCUGUAACGACCGCAGCUCCCUUCUGCACAGAAGAAGUACAAAUGCCAGAGUGUGGUUAUGGGCAAACUAUGACGGUGUCUACCGGCGUUGAUGGAUGCAAAAAGUUUAUCUGCGAGUGCUUAUUACCGUCCGAGUGCCCGGCGUUGAACGAAAUUGAUUUUGAAGUCGAGGUGCUAGAACCUGGUUUUGUACGAGUGACGAAUACGUCGGGAUGCUGUCCGAGGUCGAUGACCAUCUGCGAUCCACAAACUUGUCCUUCGGCGCCGACUUGUCCGGACUACUAUGAAUUAAAGACCAAUGUGACUGAUUGCUGCGCCGAUUAUAAAUGCGUCUCGCCGAAAGAUCGUUGUCUGUACAACAUUCGAGCAGACAACAAAAUAGAAACGCCGGAGCAGACGGUGGCAGUUCAAAUUGGAGAGCAGUGGAUGGACGACGUGUGUACUUCCUGUACUUGUGAACUCUAUAACGAUGGUCCGAGGCCAAAGUGCUCCACAAUGGAGUGUUUAAAAGCCAAGGAUCAUCCAGACGUAUUCGAUUUUGUUUUGGAAGAAGUUCUAAUGCCAACUGAAUGUUGUCCUCACUUUGAAAGAUCAGCUUGUAAAGAUGGGGAGAAAGUAUAUAAUGUAAGCGAGAUCUGGCAACCGAAUUCUGAAGACAGCUGCACUUUAAUGGAGUGCAUCAAAGAAGAGAACGGAGUUGAGAAGCGAACGAAGAUUCAAGAAUGUAACGUUGUCUGUAAUCUUGGAUUCGAGUAUCAGCCUCCUGAUAACAAGAGGAUUGAUUGUUGUGGACGAUGUGUUCCAACAGCUUGCGUCGUCGGUAACGAACUGAGAAACGUAGGAGAAGAAUGGCACUCCGCGGACUUCUGCACCAAGUACUCUUGCAUAUCCAGCAACGAAACCGUGCACGUCGAAUCGGUUGUGGAAAAAUGUCCGGAGAUAGAUUCUUUGGAAGAGGCUGCAUUUGUAAUUGAAAAACAAUACACUCCAGGCCAGUGUUGUCCGCAGUUCGUUAAAACUGGUUGCCGAUACUAUGACAAAGUGUACAAACCCGGAGAGAGUUGGAAGUCUAUGUCGGAUAAUUGCGUCACGGAAUUGUGCGUACUAGACUCGAAUGUAACAAAACACAAAGAAGUGGAAGUUUGCUCGAAGAAUUGCGCUCUUGGGUGGACGUACGAGGAACAAGAGGGCGAAUGUUGUGGAAAAUGUAGACAAACUUCCUGUGUGGCGGGAGACAUAUUGUACGAAGCGGGCGCAACUUGGUCGUCCGCUGAUAAUUGUACUUCUUACAUGUGUAUGGACCAACGCGAUCAACUGUCUGUCAGCAGUAGUUCGACGGUUUGUCCUGACAUAACAAACUGUCCGGAAGCGUCAAUUUAUACUCAAAACUGUUGCAAAAUGUGCAAUUUAACGUCGCACAAUUUGAAAGUUGAUCAGUGUGCCGCUGACGUACUCGAUCCGCAAUCUACCAUCGGUAUGUUUAGAGUGAAACAUCGAGUACACGGAUACUGCAAAAAUAUCGUACCUAUCGAAGGCAUUACGGAAUGUCGUGGAAAGUGCGAAUCUACUACAUAUUUUGACACAGACAAUUGGAGUCAAACAACUAAUUGUCAAUGUUGUCAACCUACGGAUCAUAGGGGUCUCAUCGUGGAAUUGAUGUGCGAAGACUACAAAAUGUUGAAAAAGAGAGUGAUCAUGCCAGUUUCUUGCUCGUGUUCGUCAUGUGACGCCAGUAAUUUCGGCUAUAAAGAAAGCAAAGGAGGAAUUAAAGGUUGAAGAACUAAAAGCGCACAAUGAAAUUACUGUAAACGUGUUGCAGAGAUAUAAGCAAUUGAUUAAAAUAAGUAUUUUAUAGCUUCGAUGUAGAUAACAAAAUACAAAAAUAUUAUUCGUUGAUUUUAUUGAAUGAUGCAUAUUAUAUAUACAUAUACAUAUACAUAUACAUAUACACGCACAUCUAUGCAUAUGUAUAUAUAUAUACAUUUUUUAACAAUUCAUAUAACGUCUUUCUCCAAAGGUAUACUAGAGUUUAUACUCUGAAUUCCGAAGCACACUAAGUACAAUAAAAAUUAUUCAGUCAUCCUUAACAAGACUUUAUUUUUUCUUUAAAUACGUAUAUGCACACACUAUCAAAUUUGUCGCUUUGUACUUCAAGAUUCAGAAACUUUUAUUCUUAGAAUUGUAGAUUACCAAAAAAUCUUGGAGCACGAAAACGAAUAGUUGCCUGGAUCAUAGAUCGAAAACAAUCGUCUAAUACGCAUUAAAAAAAAAAAACAAAAACAAAAAAAACCGAUAAGCUUGAACAACGAAGCGAGAAAGUAACUUCUUCCAUGUGCCAGGUGUAGCCGACAGAAGAUAAAUUAAAAUCACAGUUUCUUCCCCUACACGGAUAAAUUUCGUGUAUCGUUAUAAAUGAAAUCGAAAUAGAUCGUUGAUGAUAUAGUUAAAUUUAUCGUUUGCCAAUUCCUCGGUGCAAGGAGUUGUGUUAACGAUUCGACGUGAAUA